GAGACCAUGGCGAGCCCAGGGAAAGACAAUUAUCGAAUGAAGAGCUAUAAGAACAAUGCUCUAAACCCUGAAGAAAUGAGACGAAGAAGAGAGGAAGAGGGCAUUCAGCUCCGGAAGCAGAAGCGUGAGCAACAACUUUUUAAACGGAGAAAUGUGGAGCUGAUUAAUGAAGAAGCUGCCAUGUUCGAUAGUCUUCUCAUGGACUCUUAUGUGAGCUCUACCACUGGGGAGAGUGUGAUCACAAGAGAGAUGGUGGAGAUGCUCUUUUCUGAUGAUUCUGACCUGCAGUUAGCAACCACACAGAAAUUCCGGAAACUGCUCUCCAAAGAGCCUAGUCCUCCAAUAGAUGAAGUUAUCAACACUCCAAGAGUGGUCGAUCGGUUCGUGGAGUUUCUGAAGAGGAAUGAGAAUUGUACAUUACAGUUUGAAGCUGCCUGGGCUCUAACGAAUAUUGCCUCUGGAACCUCUCAGCAGACCAAAAUUGUCAUUGAAGCAGGGGCUGUCCCCAUUUUUAUAGAGCUGCUUAAUUCAGACUUUGAGGAUGUUCAGGAACAGGCAGUCUGGGCACUGGGAAACAUAGCUGGAGAUAGCUCUGUUUGCCGAGAUUACGUCUUGAACUGUUCCAUCCUUAAUCCUUUGUUAACACUCCUUACCAAGUCCACACGACUGACAAUGACACGGAAUGCGGUCUGGGCCCUGUCAAAUCUCUGCCGAGGGAAGAACCCACCCCCAGAGUUUGCAAAGGUCUCUCCUUGUUUGCCUGUACUGUCUCGCCUACUCUUCAGCAGCGACUCAGACUUGCUGGCAGAUGCUUGCUGGGCCCUUUCUUAUCUGUCUGAUGGACCCAAUGAGAAGAUCCAGGCAGUCAUAGACUCCGGAGUCUGCCGGAGAUUGGUAGAGCUGCUGAUGCACAAUGAUUACAAAGUGGCUUCUCCUGCCCUGAGAGCCGUGGGUAACAUCGUCACUGGGGAUGACAUCCAGACCCAGGUCAUUCUUAACUGUUCAGCCCUACCUUGCCUUCUCCACUUGUUGAGCAGUCCCAAGGAGUCAAUCCGAAAGGAAGCUUGCUGGACUAUUUCAAAUAUUACUGCUGGCAACAGGGCUCAAAUACAGGCUGUUAUAGAUGCAAAUAUCUUCCCUGUGUUGAUCGAAAUCCUUCAGAAAGCAGAGUUUCGUACAAGGAAAGAGGCAGCCUGGGCCAUCACCAAUGCCACAUCAGGAGGAACCCCUGAGCAGAUCAGGUACCUGGUCUCACUGGGCUGCAUCAAACCCCUAUGUGACUUGCUGACUGUAAUGGAUUCGAAGAUUGUGCAAGUGGCCCUCAAUGGACUGGAGAACAUCCUGCGACUUGGAGAGCAAGAGGGCAAGCGCAGUGGCUCAGGGGUCAAUCCCUAUUGUGGCCUCAUAGAGGAAGCCUAUGGCUUGGAUAAAAUUGAGUUUCUCCAGAGCCAUGAGAACCAAGAAAUCUACCAGAAGGCCUUCGACCUCAUUGAGCACUACUUUGGUGUAGAAGACGAUGAUAGCAGCCUGGCUCCCCAAGUGGAUGAAACGCAACAGCAGUUCAUCUUCCAGCAGCCUGAGGCCCCCAUGGAGGGCUUCCAGCUAUAAUAUCUGCCUCCGGGGAGGGGAGGGGAUGGGAAGCACCACCAGCCAGCGGAAGAGCAGCCCCUGGUGGGCGGGAAACCAGUGUCCCCACCAUCAGCCACCACACACCUCUGCUGCCCUGGAGACUGUGCUCUUGACCUGCUCCACCCCCUUCCCUGGAGGGAGCACCCUCUGGACAGACAGAACCAUCUGAGGCUCACCUUUGGGUUUUGUGACAAGAAGGGGACGUGUUGGGUUUUUCUUCCUUACACUAUAUUUUGGCUGCACACAUGUCUUUAACCCAGGAGCCCAGGGGUAGACAAAGGAGGACUAAGGUAAUCAAUUUGCACCUUUUUUUAUUUUUAUCUUUUUUCUUUUUUUCUUCAGUGGUGACUUCCUUCCCUUUAUCUUUUUUCAUUCUUCCCAGUCCUCUGCCCUGAUCUGUGUAACUCUUAUCUUGGGUACUUGAGCAGACGGUAUAUUCCAGAGGUGGGAGGUGGGAGGGGAAGGGAGAAACCCAAAACAAAGUGUUCUUGCUCUGACAGAAUAUUAAUCUUGUACGCUUGGAUUGAGUUAUUUAAUUUUUUCUUUUGCACAUUUUUCUUGUAUUAAGAUUGCUCUUCCCAAGAGCCACGAGUUCCUGGUUUUAAUAAACCCAGCUGCCUGCAUUGCCUGGGACUAGACUAGGCUGAUGGGGAGGCUACCAUGAAACAAAGGUCCCUCCUUCCCUCUGACUCUUUGCCCAGACCUCUUUAGUUUGGGAGAUCCUCCUCACUCUCCUGGAGUGUCUCAAGUACACCAGUGGGAGUGCAGGGGAGGAGCACAGGCCUUCACAUGGGGCUUCCCACGUAUAGCUACUGAUCCCAUAUUUCCUACUCACCUUCCAAAUGGUGCGACCCAACUUCAUUUGUUUACUUGAAAAUUCCCACUCGGGGUUUAGAGAACCUCUGAGGUGGCUGUAUUUUCUCCUAAGCUUGAGAUAGGGGGCUGUGGUCCUUCCUCUCUCCUGAGGAGAAAGUCCCUGCUCUGGUGACCUGUAAGCUGCAGAGGAGGUUGGAGUGAGAGUGUCAUGUAUUGGGAUAGUCAGGGAUCCCUGCCUUUGGCCUUUUCUUCUUCUUCCUCUUCCAUAGUUGGAUCAUGUAUAUUUUACUUCUAAAGGAGAGAAUGUCAAAAAGUUCUGUAUUUUUUUAUAUUCUAUAUAUUAGGUAGGUCAAUCUUAAUUGGUCUCAAGAGGAAGAACUGUCUGUCAUUUCUGUAAGUAGGAUACUGUGAGGAAGACCAAAAAGAGAUGUGGAUGCUUCCUCGCUCAGGAGGCCUGAGCUUGGUCCUUUUCCUCUCUGCUUGGAUUCUGGACCACCACCUGGGACCAACCUUCAACUCUGGAACCUUCAUAAAGCAGGUCAGCGUGGCCUGAUUGUCCCAGGACCUGAAGGGAGCAAGGAUGGCCUCAGGGCCUAGUGAAGUCUGCUACUCUGUCCUUACUGCUGAACAUCCUGCUUGUACCAGGAAACUCAGAAGCAGUUUGCCUUGCCAAAUUCAAUCUCAGUGGCCAUUGUCCACAUAACCAAUCACCCAUGGCUGCCUCUCCUAUUAUCUAUUAUCACUGAAACUUAGUAGCCUGCUUUUUUUUUUUUUU